AAAUUGAACGGACUAGUUCCGUUUCGAAUUAAUUCACGCCAAGGAAUUGUGGAGAGGACGAAUGGAUCAUUUUAUCAUUUCCUCAUCUUCGGAGUCUUUCUUCAGUCAGUUACAGUUAUCGCCAGCAUACUUAUAUUCGCUUUGUUGUCACAAUUCCCCAAUGAAAACAUGAGAGUAGUUGUGGUGAAGAUGGAAAUUUGUGCUCAAGCUUUUAAAACAUUGAUGAUUUUCGCGUUAAAUGUGUUGUAUCACAAAGACAUCAUUCACUUGAUCAAUGAAUCGAUUUCAUUUAAAGACGUUACAGCGACGUCCCAGUCAUUUUUCGAUGACACAUUAACCAGCCAGUACAUGAUCAGACUUGUUUAUUUUUUCGUUCAAUUCUUGCUCAUGUCGACACUAUUUCUUGUAUCUGUUUAUUCACCGGACGACAAUGUGCACAACGUAAUUUGGUUUGUAGCCAUGUACAACAAUUUUAAUGUUGGAAUAGUUUCGUCCACAUUCGUCUAUGGCGGUCUAGUCACAUGCUCUCGAUUUCUGCGAAUAUUGAACAAUAAUUUCGACAUAUGCGUUUCGUCGACGAAAAAUGGCCAGAACGUGGAUGGGACAGCAAUUGCAACCGAUACGGCAAUUUUUGAUUUGGAACGUCUGGGUAUUUUCUUCGACAAAUUUACUUCAAUUACGGAUACACUGUAUCGCAUCUUCGGAUUUCAUACAAUGAUUGUACUAGCUGUGGCAUCUGCCUUCACUUUCUCGGAGCUUUUCAACGUCUUUGAUUUGCUGUAUCGACAGACAAUUUUGAAGCAGACACAGCCAUUUAAAGAAACCAUCCAUAAUAUGGUAGACAUGAUUUCAGGCAUUGCGGUUAAUGUAUCCGAAUUAUAUUUCAUUAUAACGGGCUCUCAUUCUAUUAAGAAAGAGAUUGAAAGGACUUUUCAAAUUUGCUUUCAAUAUGCCGUCAUGGAAAAUAUAGAUGAGAAACUUCGCGACGCUGUAGAUCGUCUUCACAUUGCACUAAGAAACAUUAGGCCACCUCUCUUGGUUCUGGGAUUAGUUGAAAUAGAAAAGUCCAUGUUUUUGUCGAUGACUGCAACGGUAGUGACUUUUUUGACUAUUUUAAUUCAAUUCCAACUGGAAUGCGCAAGUUGUAAACUGUGAAAGAAGUCUACGGAGAGUUGCAAGCAGUUAGAAAUAAGG